ACCUCUCGAGCCAUUGAUGUAAUCGCAAGCGCGAAAUAUGCGCAAGCGUAUUAUCCACAAGGAAUCCAUUAUCAGCACAGUGAAUUUUAUCGGACGCGUAUAGUUGGAGAGCAAAAACUUUACGUCGAACUUGAGCUUUGAGCCGCUAGCCAAACCGUGUCGCAUCAACCGUUCGUCGUAAUCAAGAUUGAAAUAUUCAUUCGCGUGUAUAAAAGAACGUAAAAAGUAACCGCGCGUACAUAGGCGAGCAGAGGAAACGGCCAUUCUCGAGCAACGGGCGUACGCGAUAGGCACGUGGACGAUACGAAUCCUCCGGAAUUUUUCUUUCCCAGUGUUAACAUGCCACUUGCCGGGCAAACACGAUGUGAUUUUUCGUCGAAUCGAAAUUUAUAAACGAUACGAUACAAUGAGUGUGACAAGUGCCAAGAAUUGUUAUAUCGAAAUAUUCUUCGACUUUUAUUUGUACGGAUAAUUAUCAAUCUUGUGAAUCAUCGAAAUUCGAAUACAUUUUAUUGUAAUAAAUAAAUUUUUGAAAUCGAAAUCUUAAUAAUGGGUGGUAGACAACACAAUAGGAAUAUUUUCAGUUAUGAAACAUUAGUUCACGCAAUAUCUGGUGCUGCUGGUGGUGUCGUUGCCAUGGCAAUGUUCUUCCCUCUGGAUACAGUACGAAGUAGAUUACAACUUGAAGAAGAUAGAAAAUCGAAAAGUACACUGGCAACAAUACGCGAUCUCGUCGAAAAAGAAGGACCAGAAACUUUAUACAGAGGAAUUAUACCUGUUCUUCAGAGUUUGUGCGCCAGUAAUUUCGUUUACUUCUAUACAUUCCACGGUUUAAAAAUGCUUAAAUCGCAGAGAAAGCAAUCGGCUAAAAAUGAUUUAUUUCUUGCAUCGAUUGCAGGCGCGAUCAACGUUCUAACAACGACACCAUUAUGGGUGGUGAAUACUAGAUUGAAGAUGAGGGGUAUCGAUCAUACACCGGAAAGAAAUAACAAUAACAAGUAUAACACGUUAUACGCUGGCCUUAUACAUAUAUGGAAAUACGAAGGAAUAAAAAGUCUUUGGGCAGGGACUUUGCCAAGCUUGAUGUUGAUUAUAAAUCCAGCCAUUCAAUUCAUGACUUACGAGGCUAUCAAGAGAAGAAUUUGCAUGUCUCUAAAUAAUUCACAACCAUCUGCUUGGGUUUUCUUCGUUAUCGGUGCCGUAGCGAAAGCGAUAGCAACCGUGUUAACUUAUCCAUUGCAAUUAGUUCAAACGAAACUGAGACACGGUCACAAAUAUCCAAAUCUACCACCAAACGCUGGCAUUUUAGAAAUCCUGUUUUACAUAUUAAAAAAGCAAGGAUUAAUAGGAUUGUACAAAGGAAUGGAAGCCAAAUUAUUACAAACCAUUCUCACGGCGGCGUUAAUGUUUUUCACUUAUGAAAAAAUUUCAAGAUUUGUCUUUCACAUUCUUUUGCAUAAACCGAUAUUGAGAUAAUAAGUUUUUCACACAUUGGAACAGUGUUAAUGAUUAAUGUUAAUAUUGUUCCCCGUGUAAAUUUCCGCUUAUUGUAUAAGUAGUAUAUAUAAAAUGUGUAAUGCAUAGAUUACGAUAAAGAUUAAUUAUUUUAAAAUUAAAAAUACUUAUUUAUAUGUAAGCGAGGAAAACGCGUUAGAUUAGAUCGAAAUUUUUUUAGAAAACAUUUUUUCAUAUAGUAAAAAUAAUAGGGAAUAAAAAAUUUAUAGAAAAAUAUAAA